AUCAGUCAGUCAGUCAUCAGUCAAGGAAGAGUAUGACGACCAGCAUGGUCUGGGUCUUGGCAUCCUGGGCCGUCUGAAUGAUGGUCUUGCUGUCAUGGAAUGCGAAGGCGAUCAGGUGGUCGGUGUGGUUGAGCAGCUUGGCGUUGCACCGCUUGGCCGCCUCGUCCAGCGGCAGACAGUCAUUCUCGGGCAUCUCAACUAUCUGCUUGACCUUCCGAAGCAACUCCUGCACACCACACCACACAAAACAAUACAAUACGAUACACACCACCGAGAUCAUCUGCAUGAAGGGACGGACGGCAGCCAGCAAGCCCUCCCUCCCUCUCUCUCUCCUGUGCUGUGUGUGCGUCCUCCGACUCCGACCGACCUGCGCUUCGGGCACUUGUCUGUCGAAGGAUUGUGGCAGUAUGACAGUGAGGAGCUCACUGCAGUUGGCUCGCAGCGCCCCCCUGACGGCCGCCGCGUUGGUGCCGCUGGCCCCCGAGGUGUAGACAUGGUUGCCCGAGAGGACCAGGGCGUAGCUGAGGAGCUCGAUGAUCUGCUGGUGCAGGUAGCUGCAGUGCCGCGUACCGAGGAUGCAGUACUUGCGCGAAGAGGUGUCCUGGAUGGCCUUGAGCUCCUUCAGAAUGCUCUCGAUAGACAGACCCGGCAGCGGCGGGACUGGCUGCGGAUUGCCCACGUUGGGCGGGCUCUGCGGGAUGGCCACCUGGGCCGGCGCAGACGAGGCGCCAUAGCUCUCGAUGUCGGCAGCCGCCGCGUGGGGCGACUCACUCUCCACCCAGCCACCAUUCAGAGCAACACCCCUCUCAAUCGCCGCUGCUGUCGUGUUGUGGUGACCCUGGGCCGUCGCAUUGCUGCUCCACUGCAUCUGACGAUCAGGCUCGUCGCUCCUUGCACGACAAUCGGCAUCACACUCACCCUCACCCUCAGAAGUGUCGCCAUCACCAAGAGCAGCAGCAGCAGACAGCACCGGCAGAGAUGAUCUCCGAAGCCGCCGCAGCAGCUGAUAGUGGUGCCUCCCUCGGCGAGCUGACUCAUCGUGAGCGGACAUCGGUGGAGAUGGCGGCCUCCGGAUGCCUGUGAGGAAGGCCUCGCCCUCCCGAUGAUGCCGCGUCGUCGCGUCAGGGCCCAUUCGCCGGAUGUCAGCUUCUCUCGCCAGCAGUCUCCGUAAGUGUUUGGCCUGGACUCUGACGCGAGAGAGGAGGGACUGGACGGCAAUCAGCAGCAGGGCGACGGACGUCGGGGUGAGGCGGAGGACGGUCAUGAAAAUGGGGCAUUCAUCCGCCGGGUCUGUCUUGGCUUGGACUAAAUCAAGAAGACAAACAGAGAUGUCGACUUGGGAUGCCAGAUGGGCCGAGGAGAAAGAGGCAAC